AUGUUUGAGAUUCUUUCCCUCAUUUCGCUAAUAUCUAGCAACCAAAAUAGAGAUUUUUACGACAUUUUGAAAGUCAAACAUGACGCCACAGAAUCCCAAAUUAAAAGAUCUUAUCAAAAACUUUCUCAAAUGUAUCAUCCAGAUAAAAAUAAGACAGCGGAAGCCGCCAAAAUUUUCACUGAUGUAAACGAUGCUUACCAAACUCUAUAUAAUUCAAAUAAGAGAAGGAUUUAUGAUUUAUAUGGAGAACCAGGUGUUCAUCUCUACGAAUCUCCAUUACAAGAGAACGAUCCAAUGGCUGCGUUAACAAAACAAAAUUUACAAGAUUCUCAGCAAGCUAAAAUUCAUCACAAAGGAAAAAAUUUAAAGUUAACAUAUGCAGUCCCUCUCGAAGAUUUCUACACUGGCAGACCUUUGGAACUUAAUAUGACUAGAAGUAAUAUGUGCAGAUGUCCAGAAGCUGGUUAUUAUUGCUUAAAAUGCCGUGGUAAAUCUACAAUUCGUGAAACAAAAAUUAUCAAGGGAUUUAUCGAACGUGGUUUUGAAGAAGGUAAAGUUAUUCUUUACAAAGGUUAUGGUGAUGUCAGCGAAAAUAAUGGACCUGGAGAUCUUGAAGUUUCAAUCAUUUCGAAGUCUCAUCCGAUUUACAAAAGAGAAGGCAGCAAUUUACACGCAACUGUGGAUAUUACAUUACGCGAAUCUCUCCUUGGUUUUAAGAGAAAUAUUGAUGGAAUCGACGGAAAUCCAUUAUCUAUUGAAACAAGCGCUCCAUUUUCUAAACCACUAGUUAUCAAAGGCCGUGGUCUACCAAAAUAUUUAUAUCCUGGUGCGUUUGGCGACGUAAUAGUUCAUGCAAACAUCAAAUAUCCAAAAGAUUUGUCUCCUGAUGUCAAAUCCAAAGUGGUUUCCUUGAUAUCAAUGUAA